UACGUGUACGUGCGUGCUCGCUCAGCAGACUUCGCACUCUGAGAAGCACUCAAGGGGCGCACAUCGUCUCCAAAGUUGUUAUGACCCAGAAAUCUCACUGCAUCAACAUCAUCCACUACCUUAGAGCCACUUUCCUCGAUUUUGCCACCGCUGCCACCGCUAUCAUGUCUUCUACCGCCUCUCCAGACGAGACCAGGAGUCGCACCCUGGGUGAAGCCGUGCAGUACGCCCUCCAAAACCCGGUCAAAUUCGUCGCUCUAGCCACUCUGAUUGUCACCGGAGCCGUACCGCUGGGCGCCUUCGUGCUAUACGCCGCUGGAACCGUCGUGUGUACCGCCAUCGCCGCCAUAGUGUUGGACCUGGCACUGCUCACUUUCGGGGCGUUCGGCCUCGCCCUGGCUCUCUGCUUCGCGCUGUGCAUCUCUGGCGGGGUGGCGGGCCUCUUUUCCGUCGUCUAUUUCGGCUACAGGGCGGCGUUGGGGAGCGUCAACCAAGCCAGAGCCCGCCUCGCUCCCUCCACCGUCGCCUCGUCUUCCCUCGCCUCCGAGGACGCCGGCGAGGCGUUUGACAAGAGCAAGAACAAGUUGACACCACCAGAAGCAGUCGUGCAGGAUCUGGUAACCAGUCUGGCGACAUUCCUGGACUACAUGUCGAGUCUGACAGGUCGCGUCAGAUGGUACACCAACAUCACCACUUCCACCACAGCCAACAGCGCGGCAGCUGACGUGCCAGCUAUUGAGGAAGAAGAGUGGUACAGUAGCUUAUGGAGAAGCUCCCUAACUGUUUUUGUACUCGCUGCCGCCAUUUCCUUCAUGUCCUACGCUGUGCUAGUAACUACAUACAUUGUCAUUCAUUUCACCUGAAGUCAGCCUCCUAUACAUUUGUGUGUCAGUGUUUCAGCCUCAAAUUUUAUUAUUGCUACAUGAACCGUGUAUA